CGCCCUGUGAGUCUGCUCAUCUAACCUCUGAAGGUGUCUUCAGGUGAAAAGCUCAGAAUCCUGGCCAAGAUUUAAGUGUACCUCAAAUAUGGAAGCUUUUAACUGGGAGUAUUAUGACUUCGAAAACUUCACUGGUAAUUACAGUUACAACACUGAACUGCCUGAUAUUCAACCAGACUCUGCCCCCUGCUUGCCAGAAUCUUGGGAAAUCAACAAGUAUGCAGUGGUUGUUAUAUAUGUUCUGGUGUUUCUGCUGAGCCUGCUGGGGAACUUUCUGGUGAUUCUGGUCGUGUUAUACAGCCAGAUCAGCCGCUCUGUCACCGAUGUCUACUUGCUGAACCUGGCCGUGGCUGACUUCCUCUUUGCCUUGACCCUGCCUAUCUGGGCUGCUUCCAAGGCAAAGGGCUGGAUCUUUGGCACAACCUUGUGCAAGCUGGUCUCACUCCUGAAGGAGAUCAACUUUUACAGCAGCAUCCUGCUGCUGGCCUGUAUCAGCGUGGACCGCUACCUGGCCAUUGUCCACGCCACACGCACACUGACCCAGAAGCGGCACUGGGUCAAGUUCAUCUGCCUAGGCAUCUGGACCUUGUCCUUUAUCUUGUCCAUGCCCCUCUUCCUCUUCCGCAAGCAAAUUCACCCACCCUCCUUCAGCCCAGUCUGCUAUGAGGACAUGGGAGCUAAUACAACAAAAUGGCGGAUUAUCAUGCGGGCCCUGCCCCAGACAUUUGGCUUUCUCCUGCCACUGCUGGUCAUGCUGUUCUGCUACGGAUUCACCCUGCGCACACUGUUUGCCGCCCACAUGGGGCAGAAGCACCGGGCCAUGAGGGUCAUCUUUGCUGUGGUGCUCAUCUUCCUGCUCUGCUGGCUGCCCUACAACCUGGUGCUGGUGGCGGACACGCUCAUGAGGUUGGGGGUGAUCCAGGAAACCUGUGCACGGCGCAACCACAUUGGCCGGGCCCUGGAUGCCACCGAGAUUCUGGGCUUUUUCCACAGCUGCCUCAAUCCCUUCAUCUAUGCCUUCAUUGGCCAGAAGUUUCGCCACGGCCUCCUCAAGAUCAUGGCCAGCCAUGGCCUGAUCAGCAAGGAGUACUUGGCCAAGGAGGGCAGGCCUUCCUUUGUUGGCUCUUCUUCAGGGAACACGUCAACGACCCUUUAAAACC